AUGAAGUCCGUGGCUGAUGUGUCUACGGAUGAUCUCGUGAACAGUCUUCUUCAAUCUGUUACACCUGAUACUACAACAAAUGGUCCUAAUUCAAUCACAAAACCUAUCGAAUCAAAAUCAACGGCGUCGAGUUCUUCUUCAUCAGGAAGUUUACAGAGUCCAAAUCCGUCAAUUUUACCAGACAAUUCAGCUUUAUCUCCAGUCACAAGCGCUCCUUCAUCCAGUCCAGCACCUGUGACUCCUCCAACGGCAAAAGAUGUGACCCCUGACAAGGUCAUAGGAAGUACAAAUACGGACAAAGAUGGCAAUGGGACGCUUCUGUCUAUUGGAAUUACCAUGGGUGUCUUAUUCUUUGUGAUUGCUGCAUUGUUUUGUCUACGAUUGCAACGAAAACGACCUCAAAAGAAACGCACUUCUGUCAGUCCUCCUCCUCUGGGCGUUGCUUCAAUGACCGUCCCUGUUCAUCGAGGAUUCAAGAAUGAACAAGACCUUGGAAUGCCAGAAAUGUCCAUUGAACUCUCUCCCGGCGAGUUGGGACUUUCAAAAGGGUUUGACAUGAGUUAUGUGUCAUCGACACGAACAAGUGGAGCUAGUAAUCAACAAUUUGACAAUAGCAAUGCCAGCAGCACGGACAGUAGUGUGUUUAACACGAGAGGAGGGUUGAGUCCUACUACUUUCAGUAACCGGAAGAUGAACAGCUACUCGUACCAUUAUCGUGAAUCCGAAGAGAAUGGCAAUCCAAAUGUAAAUCCUCAGCUUGCAACGAGUACGAUGUUUCAUCUGACGGGCUUAAUUGGCAAUGGCCACGCUAGUGGUCGAGGCAAUCACGCCAAUUCGUUGCGUAUUCCUGCAAGCCGUAAAUUAUCUGCUCCGGAUGAAUACGCAGAACUUGCGACGGCUACCAAUGCACAUGCAGAGAUGGAGAUGAGCUCACACAUUCAAUCACCCAAGCAAGAUGCAGGCUUUACACAGAGUACUACGAGUCAGGAUGAUAUGGACAUAAGUAUGGGACCUGAUGACAACCGCAGCUUUUUGGCACCUCUCCUGACUCAUGCGGUACCGGCUCCGACUCGUGCGAUACCGGCUCCGACACGCUCAAAGCCGAUGGCGGCUCGUGCGUCUGAAGAGAGCAUGGGACCGGACUCACCAGCCAAGUUGUCGACUUUGCUGCGAAGUUCUGACGACGACCCAAACGCCAUGUCGACUGCUUCGUUCUUGUCCGAGUCAUCAAUCUCGUCCGUGUCUACGAGAGACAGCUUUGCUACAAGCGCGCAUGGGUCAGCAUACGUGUCGUCGAUUCCUUUAUUGCAGCAAUCAUCCAAGACUGACAUUAGCGGUUACGCGGAUCUUUCGUCCGACCGUGCGUCGAUGGGGUCUUUGAACACGAACGCUAACAUGGCGCGUCCAGGUUCGCUCAUUGCAUUAAACCCGGAAAAAGCCAAAGGAAGUAGCAGUGAGAUUGCCAUUUAG